CUCACCUGACACUCACACACACACUCUCAAAAUGAAGAGAAAUCACGACUUCAGCUCCUCUGACAGCGAGCUCGAUGAGAAUAUUGAAGUGGAGAAGGAGAGCGCUGAUGAGAACCUAGGCAUGAGUUCUCCUCUCGGGUCGGUUUCUCCCUCUACAACAUCUCAAGUACAAGCAAGAAAACGUCGCCGAGGGAUCAUUGAAAAGCGGCGUAGAGAUCGCAUUAAUAACAGCCUGUCCGAACUGCGCCGACUUGUCCCAAGUGCUUUUGAGAAACAGGGCUCAGCUAAGCUGGAGAAAGCAGAAAUUUUGCAGAUGACUGUGGAUCAUUUGAAGAUGCUUCAUGCAGCUGGUGGCAAAGGUUACUUUGAUGCCCAUGCUUUGGCAAUGGAUUAUCGUGGCUUGGGUUUCCGCGAGUGUCUGGCUGAGACAGCUCGAUACCUGAGCAUCAUCGAGGGCUUGGACAACACCGACCCACUGCGCAUUCGUUUGGUGUCCCAUUUGAGCAACUACGCCACUCAGAGAGAGGCUCAUACAGGUCUGGGUCAUCUAGCCUGGGGCUCGGCAUUCAGCACCCCUCACCUGGCACAUCACCUCCUCUUACCACAGCAUCAGCAGGGGGCAACAUUAAAACGCAACCCUAACAGUCCUCCAUCCUCAUCCUCAUCAUCACCCUCUUCUUCACCAUCAGUGGCCUCCUCAGAGCCUCAUGGCUGCAGCAGGCUACCUGUCACAGCGAUCAGCGAGGCAGGACAGAGCGGACCACUCAGGGUACCCCCUGCAACAGGUGCCAUUCCCCCAGGGCUCACGGCAGCAUCGGCAUCGAAGCUUUCUCCUCCACUCCUCACGUCCCUGUCCACCCUCUCGGCUUUCCCCUUCCCUCUGAGUGCUUUUCCUCUGCUCUCACCCUCUCACGCUGCCCCCUCCAGCAGCCUGGGGAAGCCUUAUCGGCCAUGGAGCAUGGAGAUCGGUGCUUUCUGAAGUCUUAAUCCAGAUCUCCUGGAGAAAUGACUUUUUUUUUAUUUUUUAGACUUUGAAGAACAAUGGGAGUUUGCCGGUCAGGACUCAACAAAGUGGAAAGACAACCCAGGACUCAUGUACCAGAGAAUUAGCUAUAUGUGUGUCUCUUUCUUUCUUUCUUUCUUUCUUUCUUUCUUUCUUUCUUUCUUUCUUUCUUUCUUUAAAAACAGAAUUACAUUUCCUUCACAUUUGAGCUAAUCAGGGAUAGGUUCUGCUGGUAGCCAGGUUAACAUCUCAAGGUUUUUGUCAUUAACUUCUGAAACUGUGGUUUAUUUUUCCUUUUUUUUCUUUCUUUUUUUUUUUCAUUUUAAGUAAAACAGGGUACUGUGCUGGUACAAUGCCCUGUCUGGAUACUGAGGGAGAGAGAGGUAUUUUGAUGAAAUGGUGUUUUGGGGCUGAUCCAUUUAAAUAGCUGGCACUGAGUGUAAAAGCUAGAACCAACUUUUUAUUAUAAUGAAAAAUUAAUAAGUGAUAUCAGUGUGUAGUUCCAAAUGAGAAGCAGAAUAUUGUCCACCCCUUGUCUUGACAUUUCAAUUAACCCCCAUCAAAUUCAGUUCCUGAGUCAGAUUUCGAAUCAUCUCAUGACUCAAGAGUCAAAUAUAAAGCGACUAUUGUACUCCCUCUCACAUCAUGGCAAGAUACCAUUUUUUGUAUUAUCUUUGUAUUUGACUUUGUAUUUCGACAAAGUUUAAGAGCUAUGCAAUCAAUCAAUGGUAUUACAAGAUUACAAGAUCUCUGUAGUUUUAGAGCUGGAGCUUUCUUUUGUAUAAAUUCAUACAGUAAAACCUAUGCAACAGAGCCUUUAUCACGAACGAAUUAGGAUUUUGUCUGUGACUUGCAGCUUUUUUCCACAUCUAUUUAUAUGAAUAUCAUUAACUGUCUUCGCCAGGUUUUGGGGUUGAAUUGCUGUUAAACCCCUUCUUUAUUCGUGACAGCUUUUGACACUGUUU